UUCAUGCGCUUCAUUGCAUCCAAUUACAGUUCUUUCACUUCGAUCUUAGUCUUGAUUGGAAGCUAGUGAUUUUAUCGAUGGAUUUCUCCUCAACUUUAAUGUUCCUAGAUCUUUGUUAUUUCGUCUCUUGUCGAAUUUAUAGUCUAAAUUUUCUGUUUUUAGAGUUUCGGGCAAGGCCUUUUCUUGGGCCCGUAAUUCAGAAUCUGGUCAAUGGUGGAAUGAAAUAAAAUUUAAGUUCGGCGAAAUUUAAGACAUAACGGGCGGUUUUACUCACUUCAAUGGCUUCAUUCUCUAAUGACUGACUUGAAUUGAGCCAGUUAAGGCUUUUCAAUCCACUUUGAGCUCUUCAUUUUAUCUUGCUUCGUAAUAUGGGAGAUGGAGUGAUAUGUCAAUAAGAAAAGAUAGUUUUUGGAUUAUUCCCCUUUGGUUGUACGCUUGGGUUUCUAAAUUUUAAUUCAUCAGCUGGGUUACCAACAUAGUUUUUCUUUUCUUUUCUUUUUGUCUUGAAUCUUAACAGAAUUGUUGCCCUUUUCAGUUGUAUAUGUGGAUUGGCGUAUAUUGAUUUUUGUGCGGUUUUUUUUUGUCUGCUUGUUUGGAGCUAAAAGAUGGGUGCUGCGGAGAACAAUCACGAUAUGGAGGAAGGAACCUUGGAGAUAGGAAUGGAAUAUAGAACGGUAUCCGGAGUUGCUGGACCUUUGGUCAUUCUUGAUAAAGUUAAGGGACCUAAGUUUCAAGAGAUAGUUAAUAUUCGUUUGGGAGAUGGAACAACUCGCCGUGGGCAAGUUUUAGAAGUUGAUGGUGAAAAGGCUGUUGUUCAGGUCUUUGAAGGUACAUCUGGGAUUGACAAUAAAUUUACAACUGUGCAAUUUACUGGAGAGGUGUUGAAAACUCCUGUCUCACUGGACAUGCUUGGGCGCAUAUUUAAUGGUUCUGGAAAACCAAUUGAUAAUGGUCCGCCAAUUUUGCCUGAGGCAUACUUGGAUAUAUCGGGAAGCUCCAUCAACCCCAGCGAGAGAACCUAUCCAGAGGAGAUGAUACAGACAGGAAUAUCCACAAUUGAUGUCAUGAAUUCUAUUGCUAGAGGUCAAAAGAUUCCUCUUUUCUCAGCUGCUGGUCUUCCCCAUAAUGAGAUCGCUGCUCAGAUAUGUCGUCAGGCUGGGUUAGUCAAGAGAUUGGAAAAAUCUGAUAAUCUUCUUGAGGGUGGGGAAGAGGACAAUUUUGCCAUUGUGUUUGCAGCUAUGGGAGUUAACAUGGAGACUGCACAGUUUUUUAAGCGAGACUUUGAGGAGAAUGGCUCAAUGGAGAGAGUGACCCUUUUUCUUAAUCUGGCAAAUGAUCCUACAAUUGAGCGUAUCAUCACUCCUCGUAUCGCUCUUACUACUGCUGAAUACCUGGCAUAUGAAUGUGGGAAGCAUGUUCUUGUGAUACUCACAGAUAUGAGUUCUUAUGCUGAUGCUCUUCGUGAGGUAUCUGCUGCUCGAGAGGAAGUACCAGGAAGGCGUGGGUAUCCAGGUUACAUGUAUACAGAUCUGGCAACAAUUUAUGAACGUGCUGGAAGAAUCGAGGGGCGAAAAGGCUCCAUUACACAGAUACCAAUUCUAACGAUGCCAAAUGAUGAUAUUACACAUCCAACUCCUGAUCUUACGGGGUACAUUACCGAGGGGCAGAUAUACAUUGACAGGCAGCUGUAUAACAGACAGAUAUACCCACCAAUCAAUGUCCUUCCAUCGCUGUCUCGAUUGAUGAAGAGUGCUAUUGGUGAGGGAAUGACUCGAAGGGAUCAUUCUGAUGUGUCAAACCAGCUCUAUGCUAAUUAUGCCAUCGGAAAGGAUGUCCAGGCAAUGAAAGCUGUGGUCGGAGAAGAAGCACUUUCAUCUGAGGAUCUGCUGUAUCUGGAAUUUUUGGACAAGUUUGAAAGGAAGUUUGUCGCCCAAGGAGCUUAUGACACCCGCAAUAUCUUCCAGUCGCUAGAUCUUGCGUGGACUUUGCUUCGGAUUUUCCCCCGCGAACUUCUUCAUCGUAUACCAGCCAAGACCCUUGAUCAAUAUUAUAGUCGGGAUGCUGCGAAUUGAAGGAUUGAGCAAAAUCUGAUAUGCCUUCUGCUCAUCAGCUCAUCAUGACCUUGGGAAUUCAUUUAGUCCGUUGAUUUUUCCACCAAAGUGCACAUUUCUUCUCUUCAGCAUAGUUAUUAGCGGUUAAGUAUGUUUGAGUGCUGCUCAUGCAUGUUUCCAUUUCCCCAUUUUCGUUAUCCUGCGUGGGGAUGCAUUCAUUGGAUUUUGGCAUAUUUUCACCAUGGUCGGGAUUGUGUUGACUCGUCAAGCCUUCUUAUUUAUGUUGCGUGUCUCGUAUUCUUAUCUCCCUGUAAUUUCAUAGUCGCGGUAUCUAUUAGCAAGCAGGUGCAGGUCGGACGCUCCCUUUGAUGUAUUCAUCAGUUUACUCAAUGAAUAAUAAUUGAAAAUGGCUUUUUUGGUAUUUG